UAUUGAGGGGAACUCUCGCUGGAGAAGCGGUAUUUGGCUCCACGCUGAAGCCCUGAGCUCGGUCAGCAUCUCUAAGUGCCGGAGGACAACAAGGCUUUUCGUUGUUGUUCUGUUUUUUUUUUUUAGUUCAACUUUGAACAACAAUGACGUUCAGGAGGCUGAAGAAGGUGAACUCCAGCGGGCCGGAGUCUGGACCCGCACCUCAGGAUAGCGACAUUUAUUUCCCCUCGUCUAAGUCGGACAGCUGCAGAACUGUGGACUUACCGAGCAACUCCUCGGAGGUUUACAACUACAAGACUCUGGCUUACUCUGGAGGGACGCUGCCCAGAAACUUUAAAAAGGGUUCCGGGCUGCAGAAGUGGAAACCCCUAACGCAGACACCAGAGCCACAAAGGAAGGUGGUGGUCCUGGAGAAGAAAGAGGAGGAGACCUUCGGUUUUGAGAUCCAGACUUAUGGCCUCCACCAUCAGGACCAAAACUCAGUGGAGAUGUGUACAUUUGUGUGCAAGGUGCACGACGACAGCCCGGCCCAGCAGGCAGGACUUAAAGUUGGGGACACCAUUGCAAGUGUGAACGAGGCCACCGUGGAGGGAUUUCGACACAAGGAGAUCGUUCAGCUCAUCAGGGCCUGCGGAAACACAAUCAGGCUGGAGACGGUUUACAGUGACUCAAUCCGAAAAGCCGAGCUGGAAGCCCGACUGCAGUAUCUGAAGCAAACUCUUCAUGAGAAGUGGGAUGAAUAUCGAUCACUGAUGGUGCAGGAGCAGAGGCUCGUUCAUGGCAUAGUAAUGAGUGAUGCUGCUGUGUACGAGUCCCUGGAGUCAGCGGGUAUAUAUGGCAGCCUCGGCGCUCCCAGUCCUGCAGCUCAGCGAGCUCUCCGCUGCACUGGCAGCACCAGCAGCAGCGCCAGCUUCCUCAGCACGGCCACCGAGGAUGACCCGCUCUACCAGACCUGCCUGUACCAAGCAGAUGGCAGCGUGGACUCAGAAAAUGCAGACAAAAAGAAAGAACAGCAGCCGCCACAGAGGCAGCAUCGCCUCCGACCGGCCAGCGAGCUCUUCACCACGGCCAAGACGCAGCUGACCCGCAGCGCCAGCACCCGCAGCUACAUGAAGGGAUCUUCAUCGUCCAGCUCGGGGGAGAAGCAGGGAGGAUUCAACUCACUGCAGAGGAAGCCCAAACAGAAGAGCUUCCGCAGACGCCUCCUCAAAUUCAUCCCGGGUUUGAAUCGACCGCUGGAGGAGGAGGAGAGCAAACUGUGAGCAGCAAACUGAGCUGUUCACCUAAAGCUUUGGAGGAAAAGACUUAAAGCACCAGUGACUGUCAAACUAAACUGCCAAAGAAAGCAGCAGGCAGACCCAAAGAGUGAAGAGUUUGAGACCAAAGUGUAUUGGCUCUGUACCUGCACCUCUCCCCAUUUAAAUGGGCAGACCAAUGAACAUUUGGCUACGUUCAGUAGCUUUCAGUGUUUCUCAGCUGUACAUAACUUUUGUCUUUGUUUUGAACUUUAAGUUAUUUAUUUAUUUUAACAUGUUCGGAUUAUGUACAGAAUGAAGGAUUUUUCAGUUUUUACUGCAUGCAUGACGUUUAUUUCAACAGCUGAAUAAAUCGCCCACAGUAACUGUAAUCGUGCAAUGCACCGUUUUGUAAGAGUUUGAUAUCGACCUUUAGUUGAUUUAUUGAUCCUGUUUUAUUUUUCUGCCCAAGUUCAUGGUUCCUAAAAAUAAAAUAUGUGGCAUUUA